UUAUUUUACUAUUUUAUUAUGUUUGCAGAUUUUUAUCAUAGUAAUUAACUAAAACUUUUACAAUGAACGAAAGUGAGUUACGAAGAUUGUGCACUACGAAAAAUGGAUGCCGCAUACCUCCCAUGCUCCCGAUACCGGAUAUUCAUCAAAUGGAUAAACUACCUUUCAUACCGUUGCCGCGGUAUAAUCGAGCCAAGGAGAAACGAGCCAAAUUUCAAAAGGUAUUAGAAGAAUCGGCUGUGCGGAAGAAAAUUAAAAUAGCUUGCCCGCCACUUGAAAGAUGCGAAAGAGACCUCCUGGAAAUAUCUCAGGAGAGGCACAUUGCGAUUCUACGCCACAACGCUGAGAAAAUCCAACCGCCGCCAAUGCUGAAAUCCUGGGAACGAAAAAUCCAAAAUCUUGUCCCGAUCAAACUCAGGAGCGCCUUCCCAUCUUUGACUGAAGAAUUGAUAAAGGAAAGUAAGAAGGAGUGGGAUCAUCAUUUACACGAUUUGGCGGUAAAAUCGGUUAUCCGCGAAACUCCUGGUGUUCCAAGAAAAAGGUAUGUCGAACCACCAUUUAAAUUCAAGGGCAUAACACCGAACCACCCAAAAAUGAUGCUAUACCGCAGGAGACUCAAAGAUCGUUCGUUGCUUCUGCAUCCGUUCAUUCGACUCAUCCUUGAGUCUGCUGAAAAAACCUUUCCCUCGUUUAUAAUAAAUUUGGCCGAACAUAGAGCUAAGGGACCCAUGAAGCUCGACGAGUUUCAGACGAAAGUACUGGAAGCGAUCAAACGGGCUGACUACUUAGUUUCCAGUACUUGGUACUCCAUACUCGUGAACUGGUUGAAGAAUCCUAGAUGUUUGAGGGGAAUGCGCCCCAAACAAAUACCUACCUUUGUUAAAUGUGCCACUAAAGAAAUAUCUAUGCAAGUGCAAGAAUUGAUGCGUAGAUCUAUCGACAGCAUCGUAGAUGCUCUAAAGGACCCUGAAUCAGUGCCAAUUUUAUGUAUUGAGCUAGAUUUUGAUAGUGAGUUUGUUUACGUUCCUUCGUUGGAACACAUUUAUGAGACGUAUCAUACUAUAGUAAAUGCUAUAACUUAUAUAUCGCAAAGACUCAUGCCAAUUGAACAAUAUCUGAAGAUACCGUAUACCAACGAUACCUUGGUAAUAAAAUAUAACGAAUGGCUGUACAAAGAUGGUCAUGAAAGAUUGCAAAAGCAACUUUACCUCGUAUACUUACCGCUUCAGCAGUACACCGAAAGAUUACGACUAGAAUAUGACAUGCUGUAUGGCGUAGCCGCCGAAGGUGCCGUACAACAAUUUAUUGAAAAUGCUAAAGAAUUUGAGGAAUCACGAGAAAAAAUUAUAUAUUUCCAGCACAUCGAUUCAAACAUAACAGCCGUCUUAGAAAAGGAGUAUUUUAAUUGUGCAGUUGUGAAUCAGCUAAAAAUGAUUAAUGGGCUUAAGACGCGAGCACAAGAAUUCAUAAACAACAUAAUCAAUGGUCUAGUGAAAAAUCAUACGAAUGAAAACGAAAGCAUAUGUUCAGAAUUUGAAACGAUUGCAGAGAAAGCUUUGAAAGCUCCUGCAAAUGCGGCCGAGUUAAUUGAACAAGGCGUUUAUAUUUUACACGCUAAAACUGUAUUAGUAGAAUCUUUAAAAGAAAGGAUAUUGAGGCAAAUUAGUAUUGUUUCGAAUUUAAUAGAACUAACAUCACUUUCUCCGGAACACGUUGCACUAAACACAAGAACUGUUAAUUGGAUUACAGAUAUCAAACCUAUUUUUAAUAAAAACGCAGCAGCGUAUGAAACUUUCAAAGCAGAAAUGGAAGAAUAUUUACUAGCACAAAUUGCACGUCUCAAUAAUGAAGUAAAAGAAAUAACACCUUAUUUAGAAAUUUUAAAUAACAUGGAUGACAUCAACCAUACUUUUGAAUACUUGGAAUAUUUAAGAAAACUUGUACAUCGCUUACAAGAUUGUGACAAUAUAGUAAUCUGGAUCAACAACGAAGAAAAAACUUUCAAAUUUCCUCUUUCCAGCUAUUCAGAUCUGGAGGAGUUAAAAGAUUUUAUAUUGCCAUUUCAUUGUUUGGUGUAUUUGGUACAUAAAUGGAGGAGAAGUUUUUACACAUGGAUGGAUGGUCCCUUUGAAUACUUAGAUCAUAUAAAAAUUGAACAAGAUCACGAUUACUACUAUAAAGAAUUCUUAAAAAUAUCUAAAGCAUAUCGAGCUAAAAUUAAACAGCAAAUAGCAGAGGGCAUUGAAAAACGAUUUCAGGGUUUAGUAGAUGAUCCAGAUAUUAAUAAUCUGCCAGCUCCUAUGAAACUUUGCGCUCAAGCCAUAGCUGAGAUAAAAGAUUGGAGACCUAAUGUCCAAAUGGCUCAUAUCAUGUGCAAUCCUGCUUUAGUGCAGCGUCAUUGGGACGAAAUGUCAAAAAUUGCAGGAUUCGACUUAACUCCUAAUGCAGGAACUACUCUUCGAAAAAUCAUUAAUAUGGAUCUUUGGAGUGAUAUCGAUGAAUAUGAAAUAAUAAGCGUAGCUGCAACAAAAGAACUGGCCCUUAUAACAAAUUUGAAUAAAAUGAUCGAUGAAUGGGCAGAUAUUUGUUUUAAAACAAGUAUGUAUAAAGAUACCGGAAUUUAUAUACUUUCGGGCCUUGAUGAUAUUCAAACUGUUUUAGAUGAUCACAUCAUUAAAACGAUUGGUAUGCGAGGAUCUGCGUUCGUGAAGCCUUUUUUAAAACAGGUGCGUUCAUGGUAUGAAAAAAUCACAAGAAUGAAUGCAACCAUAGAUGAAUGGGGGAAAGUUCAAAGUCAAUGGUUAUACCUUUUACCAAUAUUUUCUUCAAAAGAUAUCGUUGCUCAAAUGCCUGAAGAAGGAGUAAUGUUUGCUGAAGUUAAUAAUAUUUAUAGAAGAUACAUGGGAACAGUUGAUAAAGACCCACACGUUAUAACGAUUGCUGGUGAAUCUGGUGUUUUAGAACAAUUUAAAAUAGCUUCCGAUCUUAUGGAAAAAAUAAACGAUGGUGUUAACAGCUACUUAGAAAAAAAACGCUUGUAUUUCCCAAGAUUCUUUUUUCUAUCUAAUGAUGAAAUGUUAGAAAUUUUGUCGGAAACAAAAAAUCCACUCAAAGUACAGCCUCAUUUGAAAAAAUGUUUUGAAGGUAUCAAUAAAUUAGUUUUUGACAAUGACUAUAAUAUAUCGGCUAUGAUAUCUGUCGAAGACGAACAAGUAGAGUUCCUAAACAUAAUUGAUGUAGCUGCAGCAAGAGGAUCAGUUGAGAAAUGGCUAGUUCAGGUUGAAGACCAAAUGCUUAAAUCAGUGAAAUCAGAGACGGAACUAUCAUACUAUGAAUAUUCCAAUUCAAACCGUGUGGAUUGGAUUUUAUCAUGGGAAGGCAUGGUAGUACUGGCAAUUUCUCAAAUAUAUUGGGCUGUAGAUGUACACGAUUGCCUAAAGACUCAUAAGGUUACCGCACUUGAAACUUUUCACAACAACUUAACAAAGCAAUUGAAUGAAACUGUAGCUAUUAUUCGAAGAGAAGACCUCACGAAGCUCAACAGUGUGACUGUAAAAGCCCUCAUUGUGAUAGACGUGCACGCUAAAGAUGUUAUCCAAGACCUCAUAGAAAAGAAUGUAACAGAGGUAACAGACUUUCAAUGGUUGGCGCAAUUACGCUAUUAUUGGGAAGAAAAUAGGGUUGUUGUUAAAAUUAUUAAUGCUGUAGUUAAUUACGCUUAUGAAUAUCUUGGUAACUCAGACCGAUUGGUAAUUACACCAUUAACAGAUCGGUGCUAUCGUACCCUAAUUGGUGCGUAUUAUUUACAUUUAAAUGGUGCUCCGGAGGGGCCGGCAGGCACAGGAAAAACUGAAACUACAAAAGACUUAGCGAAAGCUUUAGCAGUUCAAUGUGUUGUUUUUAAUUGUUCUGAUGGCUUGGACUACAAAGCCAUGGGCAAAUUUUUUAAAGGUUUAGCUUCUUGUGGAGCAUGGGCUUGUUUUGACGAAUUUAACAGGAUAGAAGUAGAAGUUUUAUCUGUUGUAGCACAGCAAAUUCUGUGUAUUGUUCAAGCUAUUCGCCAAAAUUUAAAAACAUUUGAAUUUGAAGGUACUACACUCACUCUCAAUCCGGCUUGUUACGUAUGUAUUACUAUGAAUCCCGGUUAUGCCGGUCGGUCAGAGCUACCAGACAAUCUUAAAGUACUGUUUAGGACAGUAGCAAUGAUGGUUCCCGAUUAUGCAAUGAUAGGUGAAAUCUCACUGUACUCCUUCGGCUUUAUUGAUGCUCGUAGUUUGUCAGUUAAAAUUGUUACUACUUAUCGACUUUGUUCCGAACAGUUGUCGUCUCAAAAUCAUUAUGACUACGGCAUGAGAGCAGUUAAAACAGUAUUGUCCGCUGCCGGUAAUUUAAAAAGGAAUUUCCCUAAUGAGAACGAAAGCAUAUUAAUAUUAAGGUCCCUAACUGACGUAAAUUUGCCAAAAUUUUUAUCUUUUGAUGUGCCCCUAUUUGAGGGAAUAAUUUCUGACCUGUUCCCAGGUAUUAUUUUACCAAAACCCGAUUACGAUCUUUUUAUAAAUGCUUGUAAAGAGUGUUGUAAUAAAAAUAACCUCCAGCCGGUGGAUUGCUUUUUGCUUAAAAUUAUUCAAACAUACGAAAUGAUGAUAGUCAGACAUGGCUUCAUGUUAGUUGGAGAUCCAUUUUCUGGUAAGUCAAUGACUUUAAAAACAUUAUCGGAAGCUUUAACGCUGAUGAAAUCAAAAGAUGAACCUGGAGGCUGUGAAUGCACUUACAAAGUUCUAAAUCCAAAAGCAGUCACAAUGGGCCAACUUUAUGGUGCUUUUGAUCCUAUAUCCUAUGAAUGGACCGAUGGAAUAGUUGCGACCAUUUUUAGAGAAUUUGCAUCAGACACUUCGCCUACCAGAAAGUGGAUUGUAUUUGAUGGGCCCGUAGAUGCGGUUUGGAUUGAAAACAUGAACACUGUUUUAGAUGAUAAUAAGAAAUUGUGCCUAACGUCUGGAGAAGUAAUCGCUAUGACUAAUGAAAUGACCAUGAUAUUUGAAGUGAUGGACUUAGCGCAAGCAUCUCCAGCUACUGUGUCGAGGUGCGGUAUGAUAUACAUGGAAUCCAAAUCGUUCGGAUUUAGGCCAUUUUAUCAAUCUUGGCUAAAAACGUUGAAUCCAUAUUGGUUGGAAGAAAACGAGGAGCUUAUUUUUCACAUGUGUGAAUGGCUUUUUGAACCUUUAAUAUAUUUUGUUCAAAAGCAAUGCACGCAGCUUAUUACAGCUGGUGAAGUUAACUUAGUCACAAGUACACUACGUCUUGUUGAAAUGUUAAUGGACAGUGCAAUAAAAGGCGAAGAAGAUACUAAGUACACAAGGACUUGGAUUUUCGCAUCAUUUAUGAUGGGUUUCGUAUGGGGUGUUGGCGGGAUACUAAAGACUGAGUCUCGCGAAAGAUUUGAUGAUUUAUUAAAAGAAUACAUACGUGGUGAAAAGGGUAUUCCACCUGAAAUUGAUAAGAUUGAUAUAUCAAUGCCAGAUGGUAUGAUUUUCGAUCAUUUUUAUUUGUAUAAAGGUAAAGGCUGCUGGAAAACUUGGAUGGAUGCAGUGAAAACGGUUAAGUUCAAGGAGCAAAUAAAUUUACUUCAGACUGUUGUACCUACAUUGGAGUCAGAAAAACUUGCUUACGUCUUAAAUCUACAUACGAAAUAUUUUAAACCGUUUAUUGUUAUUGGACCCACAGGAACUGGCAAAAGCUUUUAUGUACAAAACUUUUUGAUGAAUAAUAUUGAUAUGGAAAAAUAUAUCCCCGGAUUCAUUACUUUCACAACGACUACCUCAGCAAAUCAAACACAGGAUCUCGUUAUUUCUAAGUUAGUUAAGAUUCGAAAAAACUUUUAUGGGCCAACUAAAGGCAAGAAGGCACUUAUAUUCAUUGAUGACAUGAACAUGCCUGCUAAAGAAAAAUACGGCGCUCAACCAGCUAUUGAGUUAUUAAGAUUAUACUUGGAUCAAAAGCAUUGGUACGACCUUAAAACUACGGAUAAAAUUUAUAUAAAAGAUACUCUGUUUUACGGUGCAAUUGCUCCUGUUGGUGGUAGCCGACAACUCAUUUACCCCAGAAUGUUAAGGCAUUUUAAUAUUUACUCUAUUAACGAAUUUCCCAAGGAGAGCAUGACUAAAAUAUUUACGUCCCUUUUGCAAAUAGGUUGGAAAAGAAAUGGAUUUAGCCAAGAUGCCCAAGUCUUUAUUUUGAAUACUAUAUCAGCUACAAUAGAAAUAUAUGAGCUGGCUAUGGAAGGAUUGAGACCGACGCCAGCUAAAUCUCAUUACAUAUUUAAUUUACGUGAUAUUUCGAGGGUUAUUCAAGGCUGCUCUUUGUUAAGAAAAGAAUCUACUGAAAACAAAAAAGUUUUUACUAGAAUUUGGAUCCACGAAGUAAUGCGUGUUUUUGCCGAUAGACUUGUAGACGAAGAAGAUCGAACUUGGUUCUUUAAUGUCCUUAAAAAAUGUACACUAAAUUUUAUGAAAGAAACCUUCGAGUCAGUGCUAGACACGUAUCAGGAUGAAAAUGGUGAAGUCUCUCAAGAUUCCUUAAAACGGUUGAUGUUUGGCAGUUAUUUAGAUUUAGACAGCUUAGAAGGUGAAAGAAAAUAUGAAGAAGUACCUUCUCGAGAAACUUUAUCAAAUAUUGCUCUAGCAAUGUUAGCAGAAUAUAAUGCAAUGCACAAAGCAAAAAUGAAUAUAGUUCUAUUUGAUUACGCUUUAGAACAUUUAUCCAAAGUGUGUCGCAUUUUGUCAAUGCCAUCCGGUAAUGCAUUAUUAGUUGGAGUAGGAGGAUCAGGAAGGCAGUCCUUAACAAGGUUAGCUGCAACAAUUUUGGGCCAACAAGUUUAUCAGCCUCAAAUUACAAAAUCGUAUAGUGUCAAAGACUGGCAUGAUGAUAUUAAAGUAGUUUUACGUGAGUCGGGAGGCUUGAAUAAAGAUACAGCUUUUCUUUUUACUGAAACUCAAAUAAAAGAGGAAGUAUUUAUACAAAAUUUAGACAGUUUGUUAAAUUCGGGAGAAGUGCCUAAUUUAUAUGGGCUUGAUGAGAAACAGGAAAUUUUAGAUUUAGUGCGAUUGGCUGCUCAAGGUGGUAAUCGCAAUCUUGAUAUUAGCCCUUUGCAAAUUCUUGCAUUUUAUGUAGCGAGGUGUAAGAUGAAAUUACAUAUCAUUUUGUGCUUUAGUCCUAUUGGGAGUUCUUUUAGAACUAGAUUAAGGCUGUAUCCGUCACUUGUAAAUUGCUGUACCAUUGACUGGUACGAUAACUGGCCUGAAGAUGCUCUAGAGAUGGUAGCUAACAGUUACAUGGUAAAGGUAAAUGUUCCUGAUAAAGUCAAGCAAGCAGCAGUUAUUGCAUGCAAACAAUUUCAUAUCGACGCUCGUGUAGUUUGUACAGACUUCUAUAAUCGCUUCGGCAGAAAAACUUACAUUACAUCGGCUUCAUAUUUGGAUCUCAUAAAAUUGUUUGCAAGUUUGACAAAUAAAAAACAAAGAGAAUUACGCGCAGCUAAACUAAGAUACACAAAUGGAUUGGACAAAUUAAAUCACGCAGCCGAAGCAGUAGCUAUCAUGCAGCAAGAUCUAAAUGAACUGAAACCACAGCUUAUAAUAAUGGCCACAAAAUCAGCUAAAAUGAUGGAAGAAAUCGAAAUGGAAACUAUAACGGCAGAUAAAGCUGCAGCACAAGUAAGAGAAGAUCAAAAAGUAGCUAAUGUACAAGCAGCGGCAGCUCAAGAUUUAAAGAAAGAUUGUGAAGCAGAUUUAGCUCUUGCUUUGCCAAUUUUAGAAGAUGCUAUUGCAGCGUUAAACACCCUUAAACCAGCAGAUAUUACAAUUGUUAAAUCAAUGAAGAAUCCACCUGCAACAGUGAAAUUAGUCAUGGCGGCUGUUUGUGUAAUGAAAGGCAUUCCUCCUGACAAGAUACCAGAUCCAAAUAAUCCAGGUAAAAAAAUGCUUGACUAUUGGGGCCCAAGUAAAAGAAUUUUAGGUGAUAUGGCAUUUUUAGAUUCACUUAGAAAUUUUGAUAAAGAUAAUAUUCCUGUAGCGACUAUGCAAAAAAUACGAAAGGAGUAUCUUUCUCAUAAAGAUUUUAAGCCUCAUAUUAUUGCAAAAGCAUCCACUGCGGCUGAAGGAUUAUGUAAAUGGAUUAUCGCUAUGGAUAUGUAUGAUGCAGUAGCUAAAGUAGUGGCUCCUAAGAAGGCUAAAUUGGAAGCUGCCGAAAAAGAGUUUGCUGAAACGAUGGCAAUUUUAGAGGAAAAGAAAGCUACUGUUGCUAGACUUGAAGCAAAAUUAGCUGAACUGAAUGAAGCAUUGGAAGAAGCAAAUAUGAAAAAGAAAGCCCUUGAAGAUGAAGUUCAGCUUUGCAUUGAUAAAUUAUAUCGAGCUGAAAAAUUGAUUGGUGGAUUAGGUGGCGAAAAGGUGAGAUGGAUAGCUGCUGCUGAUGAUUUGCAACAUUUAUUUGAUAAUCUAGCCGGAGAUACACUUGUUUCUUGUGGAAUUAUUGCAUACAUGGCGCCGUACACAUUACCAGUUCGUACCCCUGUGAUAGAAAAAUGGAGAGAUCUUAUUAUUGAACUUGAUAUGCCGCACUCUAACCAGUUUAUUUUCAAAGACAUUUUAGGUUCUGACAUUAAAAUACAAAAUUGGUGCAUUGCAGGACUUCCUCGAGAUUCUUUUUCAAUUGACAAUGCAGUCAUACUUAAUAACUCAAUGCGAUGGUCACUACUUGUUGACCCUCAGACUCAAGCUAAUAAAUGGAUUAAAACAAUGGAAAAAUCUAACGAUCUUCAGGUAAUUAAGUUUACCGAUGGCAGUUAUAUGAAGAUUAUUGAAACGUGUUUAGAAUAUGGAAAACCAGCACUAAUUGAAGGCAUUUUAGAAGAUUUAGAAGUACCUCUAGAUCCAAUUUUAUUAAGGCACACAUACUUUCAAGGCGGCAAAGAGUUUAUAGCUCUGGGAGAUAAUGCAAUUGAGUACCAUCCAAAUUUUAGAUUGUACAUGACCACAAAGCUACGAAAUCCCCACUAUUUACCUGAAGUAUUUAACAAAGUAACUUUAAUAAAUUUCGCUCUCACGCACGAAGGAUUAGAAGACCAAUUACUAGGAAUCGUCGUAGCAAAAGAAAGACCAGAUUUGCAAGAGAAAAGAGAAAAACUUAUUAUUCAAGGUGCAAAGAAUCGCGCUGCGCUUAAACAAGUAGAAGAUGACAUAUUGCGUACACUUCAAGAAUCUAAAGGAGAUAUAUUAGAAGAUGAAACUGCGAUCGAAGUCUUAGAUUCGUCGAAAUUGUUAGCUAUAGAUAUUACUAAAAAACAGGAAGCUAGUUUAGAAACGGAAGAAAUAAUUGAAAAGUUUAGACUAGGCUAUCGUCCCAUGGCAUCACAUUCGGCCGUUUUAUAUUACUGCGUAACUGAGCUGCCUAAUGUAGAUCCAAUGUAUCAAUAUUCAUUGUCUUGGUUCAUAAAUUUGUACAUUAUGUCGAUAGAGAAUGCAAACAAAUCAAAAGAUUUAGAAAAGCGAUUGAAAUUUUUAAAGACUACGUUUACGUAUAAUCUAUACAGUAAUGUGUGUAGAUCGCUCUUUGACAAACAUAAAUUGAUGUUUUCAUUUAUAAUGUGUUCUAAAAUGAUGUUGGCUGCAAAUGAAAUGAACUACGAUGAAUAUAUUUUUCUUAUUACUGGUGGAAUUGCGGUUGAAAAUAUAUUUAAGAAACCAAUAGACUGGUUAUCCGACAAGUCAUGGGAUGAAAUAUGUAGAUUAAACGAUCUUCCCAACUUUAAUGGCAUCAAGGAAAAUGUAGUAAAAGAUGUGGUAAAAUGGAAAGAAUUUUAUGAUGACUUAGAACCACAUAGUAAAAGCCUGCCAGAAGCUUGGGAAAGUAAGUUAAAUAAAUUUCAAAAGCUAUUAAUUAUAAGGGUUAUAAGACCCGACAAGUUAACAGUAGCUAUUUCAAAUUUUGUUGAUCUAAGUAUGGGUUCUAAAUACGUUACUCCGCCUCAAUUUGACAUUGGCAAGUCCUUUAGCGAUUCAAAUUGUUUGGCUCCACUGAUAUUUAUACUGUCUGCAGGAUCAGACCCUAUGAGCUCUUUGGAAAAGUUUUGUGAGAAAAUGGGCUAUUCUCAUAGAUUUAAUUCUAUGUCCUUAGGACAAGGUCAGGGUCCUAUCGCCAGAGCUAUGAUCGAACGAGCGCAACUCGAAGGAGGAUGGAUAUGUUUACAAAAUUGUCACUUAGCAGCCUCGUGGUUACCGGAUCUAGAAAAACUUGUUGAAAGUUUUGAUUUAACUAAUACCGACCUUAAUUUCAGACUUUGGUUAACUAGCUAUCCAACAGAUAGCUUUCCGCAGUCUAUACUUCAAAUAGGAGUUAAAAUGACCAAUGAACCACCAACAGGAUUACAACAUAACUUAAACAGAUCUUAUUUAUCUGAACCGGUAAAGGAAAAAGAAUUUUUUGAAGGCUGUCCUGGGAAGGAAAAGAUAUUCAGUAAACUUCUAUACGGAAUCAGCUUUUUCCACGCUGUCGUUCAAGAAAGAAAGAAAUUCGGCCCUUUAGGAUGGAACAUUCAAUAUGGUUUUAAUGAUUCUGAUUUUCACAUUUCUGUUAUGCAAUUACAACUAUUUUUAAAUCAGUAUGAAGAAAUUCAAUUUGUAGCUAUAAAAUAUUUAACAGGAGAAUGUAACUAUGGUGGUAGGGUAACAGAUGACUGGGAUAGAAGAUUAUUAAACACUAUUUUAGAUGACUACGUUAAUACUGAUGUAGUAAGUAAUCAGAAUUAUUUAUUCUGUGACAUCGGGACACAGUAUGGUCUUCCACGUCGAUGUGAAUAUCAAGAUUAUUUGAAACAUAUUGAAAUUGUACCGGUUAAUCCACCUCCAGAAGUUUUUGGAUUAAACACGAAUGCGGGUAUCACUAGAGAUCUAGCAAUAUCGAUGGAUUUGACAAACGAUUUAGUUCUAGUAGAGGGAACCGGGGGCGGAGGCGAGAGUGGUAAUACUGAAACUAUUAUUAUGAAAAUGGCUACGGAAAUUUUGUCCAAACUGCCGCAAAGCUUUGAUAUAGAGACUUCCCAAAAAAAAUACCCUGUAGAUUACAAUGAAUCCAUGAACACUGUGCUCAUUCAGGAAAUGGAGCGGUUUAAUAAAUUGUUACAUGAAAUGAGGAUGUCUCUGUUGGACCUACAAAAAGCUAUCCAAGGUUUCAUUGUCAUGUCCCCGGCUUUAGAUAGCCAAUACUACUCAAUGUUGGUGGGCAGAAUUCCAGACAAUUGGCAGAAAGUUUCUUAUCCUAGCUUAAAGCCGCUACCGAGUUACGUCUCCGAUUUCGUAGAAAGGUUAGCGAUGCUAGAGAAAUGGUACCAAAACGGAAAACCACCCACGUUUUGGCUCUCCGGUUUCUUCUUUACACAAGCUUUCCUUACUGGCUCUAUGCAAAACUACGCAAGAGCUAAUAAAAUUCCAAUUGAUUGGUUAGUGUUCGACUUUGAAGUACUCAAUGUAGAUUACAUGGGAAUGCCGCCGGAGUGGGGUAUAUACGUUCAUGGUCUGUUUAUGGAUGGCUCCAGAUGGAACAGAGAGAAAUCCGUCGUAGAUGAGCAGCAUCCUAAAAUUUUAAACGAUGUACUGCCCGCAAUUUGGAUGUUUCCCAAGUUGAAAAAAGAUUUUCAAGAAGGUGAAAGAUACAAAUGCCCUCUUUACAAAACUUUGGAAAGGAAAGGUGUUCUGGCGACAACUGGUCACUCGUCCAAUUUUGUUUUAGCAUUUUAUUUACCAUCUGACAAACCCUCGACGCAUUGGAUAAAACGCAGUUCAGCUUUAAUUUUACAAUUAGAUAAUUAAAUCUGCAUAAUUAGGCCCCAGCAUUAAGUAGUUUAGCGUUUUUAUAUUAUGAUUUAUGCCUUAACCCUUUUAAGUUGUUGAUUAGAUUUUAGUGAAUAAAAUACAUUUAGUGAAAUACUCGAUUAUUUAAUAAUUUACAUUAUUAAAUUAUUCCUCUACAUUA